AUGAAAAAAUUAGGUAAAGGGAGUAAGCUCUGGACGCUGGUGGAGGAGGCCCACACCAACGAGUUCAUCACCUGGAGCCAGAAUGGCCAGAGCUUUCUGGUUUUGGAUGAACAGAGAUUUGCAAAAGAAAUUCUUCCCAAGUACUUCAAGCACAACAACAUGGCAAGCUUUGUGAGGCAACUAAAUAUGUAUGGAUUCCGUAAAGUAGUUCAUGUUGACUCUGGUAUUGUAAAGCAAGAACGAGAUGGCCCAGUUGAAUUUCAGCACCCAUACUUUAAACAGGGCCAGGAUGACUUGUUAGAGAACAUCAAAAGAAAGGUUUCUUCUUCAAAACCAGAAGAAACUAAAAUUCGCCAAGAAGACUUAUCCAAAAUCAUAAGUAGUGCUCAGAAAGUUCAAAUCAAACAAGAAACCAUUGAGUCCAGACUGUCUACCUUGAAAAGAGAAAAUGAAUCCCUUUGGCGGGAAGUGGCAGAAUUACGGGCAAAACAAACACAACAGCAGCAAGUAAUCCGAAAGAUUGUCCAGUUUAUUGUAACAUUGGUUCAGAAUAACCAGCUCGUGAGUUUAAAACGCAAAAGGCCUAUACUUUUAAAUACUAAUGGAUCUCCAAAGACAAAUUGAUUUCAGCACAUUGUCAAAGAACCAGCCAAUAACCAUCACCACAAAGUUCCAUAUAGUAGGACAGAGGGUUUAAAACCAAGGGAGCAGAUUUCAGAGGACAUCAUUAUUUAUGAUGUCACUGAUGAUAAUAUAGAUGAAGAAAAUGCUCCAGUUACUCCUGAAACCAAUGAGGAUGCUACAUCUGACACUUCAAACUGUAGUCAGUACCCUGAUAUUGUCAUUGUAGAAGAUGACAAUGAGGAUGAUUAUGCUGCUGUUAUUCAGGGUGGGGACAAAAGUAGUGAACCAGCCAGUGUUCUAGCCAGUGACCAUGUGAGUUCUGUUCGUGAGAGUGGCAGCUCUCUCAUGCCUAGUGCUGUCCAGGUAAACAACUCAUCUAAUCUGACUUCAGAAGAUCCUGUCUCUAUGAUGGAUUCUAUCCUGAAUGAAAACAUCAAUCUUUUAGGAAAGGUUGAGCUGUUGGAUUAUCUUGACAGUAUUGAUUGCAGUUUAGAAGACUUCCAAGCCAUGCUUUCAGGAAGACAGUUUAGCAUAGACCCAGAUCUGCUGGUGGACCUUUUCACUAGCUCUGUGCAGAUGAACCCCACAGAUUACAUCAGUAAUACAAAAAUGGAAAAUAAAGGCUCAGAAACGAAUAAGAAUAAUGAAGUUCAGCCAACUUCAGAAGAUGUAAAAAAUUCUAAGUCUAAAUCAGAUAAGCAGCUCAUCCAGUACACAGCUUUUCCUCUCCUUGCAUUUCUUCAUGGGAACCCAUCCUCUACAGUAGAAAAUGGGAGUGCAACUUCAGAGGCUGCAUCUUCUUUAGACAAACCCCUAGAAGUUGAUGAGCUUCUGGAUACUAGCCUGGAUCCAGAACCAACCCAAAGUAAGCUUGUUCGACUGGAACCCUUGACGGAAGCGGAAGCUAGUAAAGCCACGCUGUUCUAUUUAUGUGAACUUGCCCCUGCCCCACCACUGGACAGUGACAUGCCACUCUUAGAUAACUGAAUCCCUGAGAAGGCGGACUCUCUGUAUAUAUUCAUCAAAAUGAUGAACUAUUUAUUGAAAGUAUCAUUUGGUACUCUUUGGUUUUGGAAAUGGCUUUGUUUUGUGUUUUCAGAUACUGUGGAAUCUAAAGCACCUUCCCUGUGACCUCCCCAAGUCUGUAACCACACACUGAUCACUCUUGCAAUGCUUUCAGAUGUUACUCAGCUGUGUAGUUCUAUGAGACUUCCUGAAUAC